AUGUUUUUGCCGCAUUGGGGAUGCAAGAUAAAAGCGCUUCGUGCGAAGACCAACACGUACAUCAAAACUCCAGUCCGUGGCGAGGAACCGGUGUUCGUAGUUACCGGCCGCAAGGAGGACGUCGCGCGUGCCAAGCGCGAGAUCCUCUCGGCGGCUGAGCACUUUUCACAGAUCCGCGCCUCACGCAAAUGCGGCGCCGCACCACCACCGCCGGCCGGCGCGCCUGGUCACGUCACCGCACAAGUACGCGUGCCGUACCGCGUCGUGGGACUAGUCGUAGGACCCAAGGGCGCUACCAUCAAACGCAUCCAGCACACCACGCACACCUAUAUAGUUACACCAUCACGCGAGCGCGAGCCAGUUUUUGAGGUCACAGGGCUGCCUGAGAGCGUUGAAGCUGCACGGAAGGAAAUUGAAGCUCACAUCGCACUGCGCACGGGUUCCGCUGGCGCUGCAGGCGGAGGCGUCCCUGUGCAGACAGAUGGCGAACCGCUUGCGCAGCUGUACCGCGCUGGGCUUGCUUCGCUGCUGCGGCCUGAACAAGAGGCCGCUUUCUCUUCAGCGGGCUCGUGCUCAUCGGGCGGUUCGUCUGCGCGGCUCGGCGAUUUGCUUGGGAUCUGGUCGUCGACAGAACGCGACGAAGGACUCGGAGAGUCGCCGUCGUUCGAGUCUCCGGGCGGUGGCACGGCAGGCGUAUGGGCAUGGGGCCCGACACGGCCGUCGCCAGCCGCUUCGCCGGCACGAGCAUGCGCUGUAUGCGGCGAGCGCGGUGUUGCAGCGGCCCUGGUGCCAUGCGGACACAAUCUGUUCUGCCUGGAGUGCGCGCAGCGGCUGGCGGCGGGAGGCGCGCCGUGCCCGGCAUGCUCGGCGCCAGCGCAUCAGGCGAUCCGCAUUAUCUCGUAA